ACAGUAGUAACGUGUGGAACAGGCAUCUAUUUUCGUUGCAAAAUGGCUUGGUCUGCGCCAACAGAAUGGGAACGAUGGGAUCCCGAUAAGCUUAUUCAAUGUCCAUUCGACGACGUGCACAGAAUUCCCGCCAAACGGUAUCAAUAUCACAUUAUAAAAUGCAGGGAGCAACAUCCAGAGAAAGAUUUCGUAGCCUGUCCAUUUAAUGCAAAACACAUUAUGCUUAGAACUGAGCUUAGACAACAUAUAACCAGAUGUACUGAUAAGGGUGAAAUAGAACCAUACUCAAAAGGGAAUGAGAAGGACAGUGAAGGGUUUUACUUCAAGGGAGAUACAUCUGUACCAUGCUAUAGGAGAGAGGAACUGUCAAUUCCACCAGAUGAUGACUGGGAUAGAGAUGAUGAUGAUGAAAUAACAACACAGCAGAAUUUAUGUGAAUACUACAAAACUAAACAAUUGUCCACAAACCAAAUAUUUGGAAGUAACCAAGCAGUAACCAAUAACCAAUCAGUCCAAGAUAUUUUAAGUUUGCAUCCUAAUGACAGAGAAAGAUUUAAGAACAGUAUGAGAGUUAAUGCUGUCCAAAAAUAUACAUGUGGUGUCAAUAAUGGUAACCAUAGAAACUAUUGCCAUGACAGUUAUUCAAAUAAUCCAGCUUUCCUUGCUAACACACAAUACAACGAGUUGAGACAUUCACUGACCAGUAGGGUCCAUAAUGAGACAUCAUCAAGUAAUGGUGAGGGUAGUCAAUGCAGAGCAAACAUAUCUAUGAAUGGGUUGCCAACUGAGUCAUUAUCAAGGAACAUGCCAGGCGAGGGACAUCRUACAUUUMGAGGAGCAGGUCGAGCAAGAUUGGCAGAGGAAGCAAGAAGAACACAGUUUGGKAUUUCAUCAAGUGCAGGUUUUGUUGGAAGAGGAAGAGCAAUGUUUAAUGCACAAAGAUAACGUAUAUAUCUUUAUACAAAGAUAAUUUAAACACAGAUUGGAUAUAUAUUACACCGUUUUAUUAUAAUGAUACAAUAAAAGUUACAGUUUGCGUA